AUGUUGUCCUCAGUUUUGCUUCUUGUCGCUCCUUUAGCCCUCUCCUCGGCCGCUUCAGCCCUCCCCAAGAGCGUCAAUCUCGGCCCCGGAGAAAAUGUCCAGAUAAAAUGUCAAGGGGCGACUGUGACGAAUCCUCAGGGGGGGAAGCGAACGGUUGCUGUGGUGGCAGCCUCCGAAAGCCUUUCAUCGUCUAGUGCCUCAAGCAGCGUUUCGGCCAUCCCGUUGCCUAGCACCAGCCAGACCGUUACUUCACCGGUAAACGAGACCGCCCCGGGUAUUUACGGAGCGAACUACCAGCCGGAACAACUUCCGGGCGACAAAGUCACUCAUGUCCUCUAUGCCUUCGCUGACAUCGGGCCUGAUGGAGAGGUGCACUCGUCCGACUCCUACUCGGACCUUGAGAAACACUAUCCCACGGAUUCAUGGAACGACCAGGGGCAAAACGCGUACGGUUGCGUCAAGCAACUGUACUUGCUGAAAAAGAAGCACCGGCAUAUGAAAACACUCCUCUCCAUCGGGGGUUGGACCUACUCCCCCAAGUUCGCUCCCGUCGCCGCUACCGAAGCCGGACGGCAAAAUUUCUGCAACUCUUCCGUCACCUUGAUGAAAGACUGGGGCUUCGACGGUCUCGACAUCGACUGGGAAUACCCGACCUCGCCCUCCCAAGCGCGCGACUACGUAUCCCUCCUCGCAACCUGCCGCGCCGCCCUCGACGCCUACGCCGCGGCCCACGCACCCGGCUACCACUUCCAACUGACCAUCGCGGCGCCCGCCGGCCCGCAGAACUACAACACGCUCGACCUCGCCGCCAUGGACGCGCACCUCGACGCCUGGCACAUCAUGGCCUACGACUACGCCGGCUCCUGGGACGCCACCACCGGCCACCAAGCCAACCUGUACCCCAACCCGACCAACCCGCAGGCCACCAAGUUCAGCACCGACCGCGCCGUCGCUGACUACCUCGCCCGCGGCAUCCCCCCGCACAAGCUAGUGCUCGGCAUGCCCCUAUACGGGCGGGCGUUCGAGGCGACGACCGGGCUGGGGCGGCCGUAUGCGGGGGUUGGGCAGGGGUCGACGCAGUCGGGGAUUUGGUUGUUGCGGGAUCUGCCGCGGCCGGGGGCGGUGGAGUUGUGGGAUGGGGAGGCGGCCGCAAGUUAUAGCUUUGAUGAGGGGAAGGGGGAGCUGGUGUCGUAUGAUACGGUGGGGAGUGGGAAGAGGAAGGCGGGGUAA